CCACCACCCAUGUUUAAUCCAUUAGCUACAAAGGCAGCUACAAUUUGUCUCUCAGUCUUUGGUCCUGGAGGGCCAUUCAGUUUCGAUGCAUGGAAGAAACAGCAAAGGAAAUCUAAUUCCUCGAAAAAAGAUUCUACUUCAAAGGGAGGAAAUUCUAAUCACGAGGCAUUGGGUAAUGAGUGGCUGCAAUCCGGAAGAUGUCCUGUAGCAAAGUCAUACCGUGCUGUUAGCAGUGUCAUUCCACUAGUCGCAAAAGUUUUGCAGCCCCCUCCAGGAAUGAAACUCAAGUGCCCGCCAGCAAUAGUUGCAGCUCGAGCAGCCCUGUCACGAACUGCAUUUGCAAAGAACCUCCGCCCACAACCCCUUCCGGCAAAAGUACUUGUGAUCGGAUCAAUGGGCAUGGCAGCCAAUGUUCCUUUAGGGAUAUGUAGAGAGCACACCAAAAAAUUCUCACUAUCUUGGUUCGCUGCUGUGCAUGCAGCUGUGCCAUUCAUAGCCAUACUUCGGAAGUCUGUGCUCAUGCCUAAAUCAGCCAUGGCGUUUACCAUUGCCGCAUCAGUACUAGGACAAGUCAUUGGCUCCAGAGCAGAGCGGUACCGCCUCAAAGCUGUGGCUGCCAAAAAAUUGCCUCUGACGACUGAAACCUCGUUGGUGGUGUGAUAGAAUGAAACCCUUGAUAGGAUACCUUGUAUUCCUUGUUCCACAAGAAUUGUAAUAACACUAAAAAAUUGGAUGAUUUUCAUUCGUUUGUUAUAACUCUUUAGAUAUAUGACACAGCACAAUUUUUUGGCUUUAUCCUUGGAGUACCUUGAAAAAUAUAUAAAGCGAGGCGGUCUUACAUCUUAUUUAGGGAUUUAUUCUACCAGUUUGAUCCUUCAGGAAUAAACCUCUCGGCAGGUAAUGUAGGUUAUGCCCAUUGAUCGGGUCACUGUGUCUGCCAUUUACUCCGAAUCAGUGUUUCCUGUGAAAAAAAAAAAAAAAAAA